CCUUGAUAAUUUCCUGGGGUAACGUUCUGGGGCAGGGUGCAGUGCCGCGGCACGGACGGCAAAACGUGCGGCGACAUGUGUACAUUAAGAGCCCUGGACAUCUCGUUUCUGAGGUUGUCGACGUGCUCAACUUCUCUCUCAUUGAUAACUGUACUUCGAUACAUCGAAGCAAUACAAGAUGCGUGUCUCCGAUCUUCUUACCGUCGCUCUGUUUCAAGCAUCGACAGCAUGGACUUCGCCUCUGGAUGACCGAAGCGUAACCGUCGUUCCUUCCAAGAGACCGGGUCAUCCCGUUGCGCCAUAUCACCCACGGGGCGCUUUCCCGGCUUCUCCUCAGCGCACAAAGACGUGUGUGGUCGCAAAGAACACCUCCGGCACAGACGAUUCUAAGAACAUCCUGAAAGCCAUCAAAGACUGCAACAACGGCGGUCAUGUAGUUUUCCCCAAGGACAAGAACUUCACCAUUGGAACCGCUCUGGACCUCACAUUCCUCAAGCAUAUCGAUCUUGAUAUCCAAGGAACUAUCAAGUUCACAAACGACACCGACUACUGGCAGGCGAACGCCUUCAAGCAGAUCUACCAGAAUGCUACAACUUUCUUCGAGCUAGGUGGCACAGACGUUAAUGUAUAUGGUGGCGGUACUCUUGACGGCAACGGUCAGGCUUGGUAUGACCUCUAUGCCAAGGAUAUCUACAUCCUCCGACCCAUUCUCUUCGGCACCAUUGGCCUCAAUGGAGGCCGUAUCGAGGACUUGAAACUCAGAUACAGCCCGCAAUGGUACAAUUUUGUUGCAAACUCUACUAAUGUUGUGUUCUCGAACAUCGACAUCGCUGGAGGAAGUGUCAGCAAGAGUCCGGCCAAGAAUACUGACGGUUGGGACACUUACCGCUCCGACAACGUCGUCAUCCAGAACUCUCACAUCGACAACGGAGACGACUGCGUUUCUUUCAAGCCUAACUCGACCAACAUCGUUGUUCAGAAUCUCUCGUGCAAUGGCAGCCACGGUAUCAGCGUUGGAAGUUUGGGCCAGUACGUCGGCGAAGUCGACAUUGUCAAGAACGUCUACGUCUACAACAUUAGUAUGUCGAAUGCCUCUGAUGGAGCCCGCAUCAAGGUCUGGCCCGGUGCUUCAUCAGCCCUCUCCGGCGACUUGCAAGGCGGAGGUGGCUCUGGCGCAGUUUCCAACAUCACGUACGACGGUAUGACUGUCUCAAACGUCGACUACGCGAUCGAGGUCACGCAGUGCUACGGCCAAAAGAACAUCACACUAUGCAAUCAGUUCCCUUCCAAACUCACCAUCUCGGAUAUCACCAUGAAGAACUUCAAGGGCACGACAAGCACAAAGUACGACCCGCUCAUUGGAUACCUCGUUUGCUCCAGCCCGUCUGUUUGCUACGACAUCACGGUCGAGAACAUUGAUGUAAAGAGCCCGAGUGGUACGAACUUGUUCACAUGUGGAAGUAUCGACGGAAUUAGCAGCCAGGUCAACUGCACGACCAACGGGACAACGGGAUCAAACUCCUAGUUUACUCACCUUGAGUUAUUACUAUCAGGGCAUUGAAGAAU